ACCAAUUCGAGUCUUGGGUGACGAGACCGGCAGCGGAGCGGUCCCGAUGGCGGCGGCCGAACCUCCUGCCUGCGCUUCCCGCCUCCGCCAUCUCGUCGAACUCAUCGAGCUCAAAGCGCACAAGGACCCCGUCGCCGCCCUUUCCCACCUUGACUCCCUCGCCGCCCACCAUCCCUUCUCAUGCCCCUCCCCUUCCCUUCUCUUCCGCCUCCUCCGCGCUGUCUCCGCCUCCGCCCCCUCCCACCUUCCCCGCCUCCUCCGCUUCCUCCGCCACCACCCCCGUUGCCCCCGCUUCUCCGAGGCGGCGGCCCUCGUCGCCCUCAAGGCAUUCUCCCGCGCUCUCAUGCCCGACGAGGCCCUCCGCACCUUCCGCUCCCUCCCCGACAUCUUCCGCUGCACGCCCGGCGUCCGCUCCCACAACGCCCUACUCGACGCCUUCGUCCGCGCGCGCCGCUGGGAUGAGGCCGAGUCUUUCUUCGCCUUUUUCUCCGCCCGCGCUCGCGUCCGCCCCAACCUCCAGACCUACAACAUCCUCAUCCGAGGCCUCUGUGCUCGCGAACAGCUCGACCGGGCGCUGGAGCUGCUCCAAACGAUCCGGUCUGGCGGUAUCGAGCCCAACCGCGUCACCUACAGCACCCUUAUGUGUGCCCUGAUCAAAAGAGGUGAUUUGGACAAAGCACUCGAGGUCUUCGAUGAAAUGUGCGAUAGGAAGGUGGCUGCCGACGUUGUAUGCUACAAUGUCCUGAUCGAUGGGUUCUUGAAGAAUGAUGAACUCGACAAGGCUAUGGAGAUGUGGAAUCGAAUGGUGAGCGACAGGGCAGUUAGUCCGACCGUGGCGACCUAUAAUGUGAUGUUGAAUGGUCUAUGCAAGCUCGGCAAGUUCAAUGAGGUGAUGGAGCUGUGGGGUCGAAUGGUGGCGAACAGCCACCGUCCUGAUUCCUUCACCUAUGGAAUUCUGAUUCAUGGAUUAUGUGAGUCCGGGAAUGUGGAUGGGGCAUCACGAGUCUACACAGAGAUGAUGAAGAAUGGGCUUGUUCUUGACACUGUCACCUGCAAUUCUCUGCUUAAUGGCUUCUGCAGAGCAGGGAGGUUGGAGGAGUCUUCGAAGCUGUGGGAAUCAAUGCAAAGUGCAGGGCACUGUAACACUGUCAGUUACAACAUUCUGAUUAGAGGCCUCUUUGAGAAUGGUAGGGUAGAAGAUGCUAUCAUCCUCUGGGAACAGUUGCAGCAGCAGCAACAUAAGGCUUUGCGUCCAGAUUCAGUCACUUAUGGUGUUUUGAUACAUGGGUUAUGUGAGAAUGGGUACAUUAACAAGGCAUUGCAAGUACUGAAGAAGGCAGAAGAAGGUGAAGAUAAGAUUUUGGAUGUCUUUGCAUAUACAUCUAUGUUAGAUGGUCUCUGUAAAGACAAGAGAAUCGAUGAAGCUAUUUGCGUUUACAAUCAAAUGGCUAAAUGUGGUUGCAGACCAAACUCGCAAACUCACAAUGCCCUUAUAAGUGGCUUCUGCAGAGUAUCUAAGAUCUCAGAAGCCGUCCAGUUUUUCAAUCAGAUGCAAAGCAGUGGUUGCUCUCCUACUAUUGUGACAUACAACACCCUUAUCGGUGGUCUGUGUAAAGCAGAAAGGUUCUUUGAAGCUUCUGUGUUUACAAGGGAAAUGAUGGAGAAAGGCUUCAAACCUGAUACGAUCACAUACAGCUCGUUGAUAGAUGGUCUUUGUCGAGAUAAGAAGCUUGAUGCUGCUCUUGAUAUUUGGAACAGAGUUUUCAAUAUGGGAGAUGGAGCUGAUGUCAUUAUGCACAACAUUAUCAUUCAUGGUCUUUGUUCUGCUGGGAAAGUGGAAGAAGCCUUACGUGUUCAUUCUGAGAUGAAACGAAGAAACUGCACGCCAACCUUGGUCACCCAUAAUACGCUCAUGGAUGGACUUUAUGAAUCUGGUGAUUGUGAAAAAGCAUCGACUGUAUGGAUUGAGAUGCUAGAAGUUGGAUUGGAGCCAGACAUCAUCUCUUACAACAUAGCUCUCAAAGGCCUUUGUUCAUAUAACAGGACGUCGGAAGCGGUUCAGUUGUUGCAUGAUGCCUUGAGCCAUGGCAUAAUCCCAUCCACCAUUACAUGGAGUAUACUUCUUAGGGCGGUGAUGAAAGAAGGUCCUGCUCAAACAUGAUGACUAUGAAGUUCUGCCUCAAGCUUAAUACAGAGACCAGUUUCUGACACAUCAAGUUAGCAACCAUCUCUGCUUUUCCUUGGCUCAAGUUGCAGCAAUAUUUUUCUUUAGCAUCAGGGUGUGUGACUCAAUGUGACUCAAUUACACAACUUUCAACACCAACAACAAAGCCGUUUUAAACAUUGACUAAACCACCCACCAUGGGGCUCAAACCCAUGGUCACAAGGUUAAGAGCCUUGCACUCUACCGACUGAGCCGGAUGGGCUUGUUCAGUUGCACAAAGUUGGGAAUGUAUCAUCAGAAUCACAACUGGAUUCAAAAGCAACUUUAGCUUGCUGUUCUCCCAAUAUGAACCGAGAAAGCAAGCCCGCGCAUUAUCAGCCAAAUGCUGCAAGUUUACACCAAUUCAACUUGUAAUUAUCAAAAAGAGCAUUGCAGAUCAUGGCGGCAAGCAAAGCCAUUAGCACAGGCCUGAAUAUCUUGGCAAAUUAUGUGAAGGCAUGUACCAGACUCUCCAGGUGCUCUAAUAUCUUCUACAAGCCAAGCAAGAGAGUACUAUUAUUUAUUUAAGAAGGCUUCUCUGGUGUCGGAGACGCUGACAUUGGCUUCCUCAAGCUUUUGGAGUGUGUUUUUUCCAGCUUGAAUGAUCUUGGCAUUUUCAUCCUCUGCAAAUGGACUGGGGAGCAAUGUUCAUUGACAAGGUGGUGAGAGAGAUCCUUUGGAUGUUCGAGUGGUGGACUGACUGAUUAGUGAAAUUUGUAGCUGUUCUUUGCUUUGAGAAGAUAUCCUAAUGCAAGGAUAAUUGUUGCAAUCUUAUGGUAAAAAGCCAAGGGAUGGUGUUGGCUUGGCAGCAUAAGGCUAGGGAGUAUCCUCAAAGUUUUGGUCUUCACCUAUUUAUUUCCCCGGAACACUUCUGAUUAGCAUGUACGGUGAUUAGUACGUAUGGUUGACAAAUCAUUGAAUCUGUAACAAUUAGUCUCACAUCGAAAGUGAAUAAGAUUAAGAUUGAUUUAUAAGGA